CGGCAAAAUCGGUUGCUCGAGUGUAUAUAUACAUGCUCUGGGCAUUUGGCUGUUGUCAUCGCAGUCAUGGCCUCAACGCUUGCACUCGCUCUCCUGUCGCUCGUCUCUUUCGUGGUAGUGCGGUCCUUGCAAAAGAAGAGAGACACAAAGGGGCUUCCUUUACCCCCUGGUCCUCCACCUCUCCCUUUUGUCGGAAACGUGGUCGGAAUUGACACAGAUCAUCCAUGGUUAGCGUACUCAAAAUGGGGAGCUGAGUAUGGGGAAAUCGUUUACUCUCGACUCUUCAGUCAGGAUAUCGUGAUCAUCAACUCCGAAAGAGUUGCGCAUGACUUGCUCGACCGUCGUUCACAAAAUUAUUCCACAAGACCCUCAGGGCUUAUGCGCGUUCUUGACUUUUUCGGUACUGAGUUCGCUUCCAUCUUUCUACCCUACUCGGACAGGUGGAGACUUCACAGGCGAAUCUUCCAUCAAGCAUUCCGUUUAGAAGCAGCGCCAUCCUUCCGUCCGAUUCAAAUGCGUAAUGCUCACAAUUUGAUGCUAAACUUACUAGCCUCUCCGGAGGCGUAUGGAACUCAUCUCCACACCUUCAGCACGUCUGUCAUCAUGUCUAUCGUGUAUGAUUAUUCGACAGCGUCUCUGGAUGAUCCUUUUAUCGCGCUUGUCGAGCGUUCACUUGAGAUAUCUGUAAGAGAACUCAGGCCUGAGGUCGCGGCUGUUGUAUCAGAGUUCCCGAUAUUGGAAAAACUUCCUCCCUGGCUCCCUGGAGCGAGCUUUGUAAGGGGUGCCAUACUUCAGAGAACCCUCGUUCCCUUGAUUGUGGACCCGCCGUUUGAACAUGUGAAAAAGAACAUGGCCGCGGGAACGGCUGCACCGUCCAUGGUGUCGGAUGCAUUGCGUCGUAUACCAGAUAAAGCAAAAGAUGAUGAUGAGAUUGCUGUUCUUGAGAAAGCAAUCAAGGAAGCCAGUGCAUCUGGUUAUGCUGCCGCCUCAGAAACUACGACGUCCACUUUAUACGUCUUCUUACUUGCGAUGGUUCUAUAUCCUGAGGUGCAAGCACGUGCGCAAGCAGAGAUUGAUUCCGUCAUUGGGGAAGCUCUUGAAAGAUUACCCGAUUGGGAUGAUCGCGCCUCUAUGCCCUACGUCAAUGCUGUUAUACAAGAGACGCUGAGGUGGUUCCCUGUUGUCCCUCUGGGCAUUCCCCAUGCCACGGUGAAUGACGACGUCUAUGAAGGUCAAUACAUUCCAAAAGGGGCUACCGUAAUGGUUAACACAUGGUUUAUGGCGCGCAAUCCAGAGAAAUAUCCUAACCCGACAAGGUUCAUACCUGAGCGUCACAUGUCAAAAGUCGAAGAGCCGUCAACACAUGGCCGUGACGACAUUUCCUUUGCUUUUGGAUUUGGAAGGCGUGUUUGUGUUGGACGAUAUGUUGCGGAUAAUUCCUUAUUCGCUGCAGUUGUGAAUAUUCUUGCCGUUUUCCGGGUGGAACGUGCACCAGGGUGGAAUAUCGGGCCUGAUGCUGAAGGAGUGAAAUGGACGGGAGGCGUAACGACACACCCUGUAUUCCCAUGUAUCUUCACCCCUCGCCAUAACCACGUGAAGGAAAGGGUAUCCCAGUUGAUAAAUGCGUCAUGCUAAGAGCUGUGCGGAUGAUCUAGACCAUGGGUCUGGGGCGAAUUCAUGUACAACUUGAAUGCUCGUAUGAUUUCGUGUUGCUAAUUCGAAAUUAGUGGCACCACGACAGGCAAUGGCUCCUUUGUAAUAUUGUACCGUCACCUAGGGUUUUUUGACGCAGCUGUUGUCAUUGCGCAUUGCGCAGCCUUUUGAAUUGAACUUUGUUUGCAAGAUGGGCCAGGUUCUUGGGUAUAUUCAAAUUUCCACUUCCACCAAAUGACGCGGGACCUCAUUGCCACGGAAUAUUCG